CACAUUUUUUAUGUUGUGUAACUGUGCACAUUUAAAAUCAAGUCAUCCGAUCCUUUAAAUUGUCGCACAAAACAUGUCUGACGAUGGCCACAUUGCGUCAUUUCAAGAACUUUAGCAAUCGUUUUGUAUCAAUCUAACAAUUAAAUUGUUGACUAUGAACAACUUUUGUUGUUGUAUCAAUCUUAAAUCGGGUGUCCUUUUUAUUGCCGCUUUUGCAGUUUUUCUCAAUCUUUCCUGUGUCACUUUUAGUUAUGACACAAGACUCGCAUUUUUCUAUAUUUUCAGGCUUAUUGCUAGUGUUUUCGGAUUCGUCGGUAUAAUUCUGGAUAACAUUUUAUAUUUUACAAUUUUUGUCAAUUACUAUUUGGUCGCGGUAAUUAUUGACAUCCUAGUGACCACUUUUUUUACUAUAUCAAUUUUUUUUUAUAGUCCUUCAGAUUAUUGUCAAAGAAUAUCAAAUUAUGAAACUUGUGUUGCCAUUUAUAUAACUCUCAGAGUUCUUUUUACGUUAUUAAUAGUUUUCGCUGAUAUUAUGCAGGUUUAUUUCUGCUUUGCACUCUUUUCUUAUUAUGAAAAACUCUAUGAAAAAAAUAAUAGAAGUGGUAGACUCAUUAGUAACGAUGGUAACGACGAAGUCUCUGCUCCAACAUAUGGUGCGGUUUCAGAUCAAAGCAUAGCCUGAUGGUGUGAUAGCUUAUAUUUCUGUAAAUUGUAUAUGUAAAUGAUCCGAAUCCAAUAAAGUAAUAUAACAUGGUCUACAAAUUAUAAAAAUUAUUGUACUUUUUAAAAUAUGUAUUGGAUAUGAUGCCUUCAAGAACUCGAGAUUUUUCCAAAGAUUAUCGGUUUUCUUUGGUUCACACUGUACAUAUAUAUAUAUAUGUAUCAAAUAAAUGGAACAACAACAACGUUUUUUUAUUGGGAAAUGUUGAUAUCCAUCUGAAUAUAAUUAAACUAUGUGGGACAUGGUACAUCAACAUACUGUACGA